AUGGUCGAAGAGGAAAUGGAAGUGGAUGCGGAUGUAGAGAAUCACCGCAUUCAUAGUCCACGAAGAAAACGACCACAUCAUAACAGCGAGUCGCAUAUUAGUAGGAAAUUAAAACGGUCUUUGGCUAUCGUAGCCACUCAGGAGCCUAGUAGGAGAGCCUCCUCACUGUAUUAUGUGGCAGCCACUUCAGGUUGUAUUGAGGUUGCGGGUCGAGUAGCCGGCGUAGAGCUGGAAAACUUCAUGUGUCAUGGUAGACUGAAAGUCGAUUUCGACACUGUUAACAAUAACUGCUUUUACAUCGGUGGACCGAACGGAAGUGGCAAAAGCGCUCUUUUUGCUUCCAUGAACAUAGGCCUUGGUGGCAGAGGAAACGAUAACGACCGUGGACCGUCUGUCAAAACCUAUAUAAAAGAAGGCAAAAGGCAAGUCAGAGUCUUCGCAGUACUUGCUCGUCAUUUUUGCGUCUUCUCUCCAAGUCUUCUGAACCUCCAUAUGUUUAGCAAAGCCAAGAUUCGCCUUAUUUUGACCAAUCGUGGGCUUGGAAGUCACCCGGAUUACGGAGAUUAUGUGGUAGUUGAACGAACAAUCACCCCAUCUGCCUCGACAUACGUUCUUAAAAGUAUCACUGGUACCGGAAGGAACCAGCAUGAGACGGUUGUUUCUAAAAAGAAGGCCGACUUGGAUCAGUUGAGGAUACGCUACGGUAUACAGCUCAGUAAUCCUAUAUUUUGGAUGAGUCAAGAUAGGUCGCGACAUUUUCUUCAACAAAUGAAACCCGACCGAUUAUAUAAGGUAUUGUUACACUCGGUAUGA